CCCAACCGGCAGCGGGAAUUCUCCCUAGAGCCGUCGGAGCGUCGCACCUGCGGGGCUUUCGGAGGAGGCUGAAGGCGUGGGACGCCAUGGCCUUCGCCUUGCCCGGAGUCACGUUGCCCGCUGUCGUCGAGGAGCUCCUGAGCGAGAUGGCCGCGGCGGUGCAGGAGAACGCGCGAAUUCCUGAUGAGCAUCUGUCAUCGCUGAAGUUCAUCUUCGGCUCAUCAGCCAUCCAGGCCUUGGACCUCGUGGACCGACAGUCCAUCACCUUAAUCUCAUCGCCCAGUGGGAGGCGUGUUUACCAGGAAACUGAGAUGCAGAAACGUAAACUCACAUCUGGCAGUUAGGAUUUCUAACUGCUGUCCCACACUGCCUCUCUAUAAACAGUGGGCCACACUGCAACCCAUUCCCACUCCCCCGCACCCCAAUGUAGCUAUAUGAGACAAGGGUAAGUGCCAUGGGAUUGAGGGAGGGGAAUCUUGUGAAUGAAAUAAAAAUACUGGCAAUGUUCUCCCAAAAUUUUGAGUCUGGGGGCACCUGGGUGGCUCAGUCGGUAGAGGGCAUGACUCCUGAUCUCGAGGCCCAAGUUGGAUGUAGAGAUUACUUGAAAAUAAAAUCUU